UGGCAGACGAUGAGUAUUUAUCUGCGUUGUUCAAGGUCUUGUCUCAUUGUCUCAUUGUCUUUGUCUAAGAAGGGGUUGUCUCCCUUGUCUCCGCGCCUCAAUCGACACGAGUGACAUUGUGAACAUGAGCGGACUAUAUUUACGUUGUAAGCCACGAUGGCAAAGCCUUUUGCCUGGCCCCGCUUCUUCUACUACCCGUGAGGUCCCUCAGAGUCCUACAAAGAGCGAGACCAGAGCUGAACCAAAUGCAGGCUCGACUCCAAAGCGGCGGACGUUGAAGGUUCCGAUAGUCUGUGAUAGUUCACUGCUAAGGUUGGUUUGUCGUUGCCACCCGUUGGCCCCCUCUAUGCACUUGAUCUUGGUCUGCCACUCAUUAGUAUUUGCUUAUCGAGAUACUGCAUUAGAUAUCAGUUUCAAUUUUAAUUGUCGAAGGUGAAUAGGAAGCAGGUGGAAGUGUAACGAAGCCUGGAGCGAAAGAGGAGAGCGACACUGCAGUGCUUAUACGGAGGCAUAUACGAGUAGACUGAUCAAUUGAUAAGUAGAAUUUUACAACGUGCGUGACGGCGAACAAUACUAACAAAGAACAAAUCCAGAACUCCCGUGAGCAUGAC